UAGGCUGGCAGUGCCAGCUCAUGAGAAACAGCUGAUGAACGCGCUCAAAUUUUGCAACACAUAAACAAAUUAGAGCAAAAGUUAAAAAUAAAGUUUGAAUUUGCUUAUAUUUAUAAAUAAAAUAUUUAACAAUGUCUGAAGGGGCCAGCAGCAGUACAUCCGCUUUUGGUUUUAAAAAACGAAAUAUACGUAAUCAAACAAGUCUUCGUCGUAAACAAAGUAGCAGCUCAGAAUCUGGAAAAAGUAGUGAAGGAGAAAAUAUUUCAGCAGUUGUUCGUGGGGAUAACCAUCGUAAACGCUUAAAUCCGAACUUUCAAAGUACAAAACAAAUAGCCCAUAAACGUGAACGUAAAGAUGAAACCUCUUCUAGUAGCAGCAAUGAAGAUGAUGAUAACAAAGUGACUGUUUCCUACAGAUCAAAAAAGAGUGCAUUACCAAGUGGACCACAAGAUCAAGGAGCUACUUCGAUAAAUGAGACUGACACUGCACAGGAUCGUGAUGCGCAAGCAUUGCAUGAAAAAUCGUUACAGAUAAAUAAAGAACUAGAAGGAAAGGCAGAUGACAAGGUGUACCGUGGCAUUAAUAAUUAUGCACAAUACUAUAAAAAAGAAGGUACAGCACAAGGCAAUGCCAGCUCGGGAAUGGUGAGAAAAGGUCCCAUGCGUGCACCGGCUCAUUUGCGUGCUACUGUACGCUGGGACUACCAACCGGAUAUUUGCAAGGAUUACAAGGAGACAGGCUAUUGUGGUUUCGGUGACAGUUGUAAAUUCUUACAUGAUCGUAGCGAUUACAAAGCCGGUUGGCAACUGGAGCUUGAUCAUGCUGCUCAGCAACGUGGUGAAAUAGAGUCCGAUGAGGAUGAUGCUAAGUAUGAAAUUCAUUCUGACGAAGAAACAUUGCCGUUCAAAUGUUUUAUAUGCCGGAAUAGCUUCGAAAAUCCCGUAGUGACAAAGUGCAAACAUUACUUUUGCGAAAAAUGCGCUUUGGAAAACUACAAAAAGUCACAACGCUGUUUUGUUUGCUCACAACAGACAAAUGGUAUUUUUAAUCCUGCCAAAGAAUUAAUAGCACGUUUAAAGAAUGAACACGAAGGUGGCCAAUGUCCUUCGUCGGAUAGUGAAUAGAUUUAAGAUGCAAAAUAGUUAUAUUGUUCUUAACUAGUUAACAUAUGCUGCAGGAUGUUUUUAAUUAUUAGCUAUUUACAAAACAUUAAUACAUGUUUAAUUUUUUUGACAACUAUUAUAACCAACAAAGAAAGAAAAGUAGAAUUUUGAGGUUAUGAAAUAUUUUUCACAACCAAACGAUUUACUAGCAUUUUGGAACGUAUGAUCAAAA